GCUGGGAGUUCAGAGGUAACAACCUCGGUUUGAUUGAAUGGUGAAGCGCCCCGCUCAGCCGCUACAUUGUAACAAAGCGGUGCGCGGAGAAAGCCCGCAUGCAACCGAGUCGGGAGACAUGAAAGAGCGACGGUGAAGUGGGAGAAAGCUGGGUGGUGCUAUGGGAUGGAUGAAGUGGAACAGGAGAAGUAUGUGUCCCAGCUGAGGGAUGUGUUUGACAGCUGCGAUGCCACGGGGACAGGAUACCUGGAUCAGGAGGAGUUGACUGAACUCUGCCAAAAGCUUCACUUGGAAGCCCAGAUCCCUCUCCUCCUGCAGGCGCUUCUGGGUAGCAAACUCGAUGCAAAGGUGAAUUUUGAGGAGUUUAAAGAAGGUUUUGUUGCCGUGUUGUCUACUGGUAUUGACCACAGUACCUCAGAAGAUGAGAGCAGUUGCGUAGAACCAGCAGUUGUGGAGGAGGUUGAGCCGAAGUAUGUCAGGGGAUCAAGACGUUAUGGACGUUGGUCCUUGCCUGAACUCCUCGAUUCCGAGAUCGAAACUACAGGUGACUUGGAGGAGCCGCUUCACUUUAAGGCUGAACCCUUCAUGCAAACCACCAAAAGAAGUCAGUUGAGACGCUCAGCAUCUCUUGAAAGUGUCGAGAGUCUCAAGUCGGAUGAAGAGCUUGAAAGCCAUCAAGAGCCUCAGCACGAGACCUUUGAAGCACUGGGUCAGCUGAGCCGAUGCAAUCCCAAUGGCUUUGACAGUCCCCGAAAGUCGUCCACUUCUUGCCCUGAGACCACAGAGGACCACGUGCAAGCUGUGUGGGAGGACCUGGGUUUGGGCAAGAACGGCUACCUUCACCGAGAGGAAUUGGUGACAGUCUGCAAGAACGUUGGUCUGAAGGACCUCAAAGACCAAGACAUUGACAGUCUUUUCAGAAAGCUGGACAAAGACGGCGAUGACAAAGUGAGUCGCAGUGAAUUUCUGCACGGCCUGUUUCGGCAUGGACCCACAGUUUCGACACCCCGCAGAAAGAGAUACCAUGGAGCCCACAACCAGGGUCCUGAUGGGAACAGACACAGAACUGCGACUUCAUCUUUAAUAUCAACUAUGACGUGUUCGCAGUUGUUUUCUGUGCUUGACGAUGGCACUGGCUAUGCAUCACCUGAACAAAUCGUUAACAUGUGGCAGGAAAAUGGGAUUAAAAACAGUCACGAGAUAUUACAGACCUUGGAUUUCUCUGUGGAGGAGAAAGUGAAUCUUGCAGAACUGACUAAUGCGCUGGAGAAUGAGUUAAUGUCCAACAGGAAUGGGACACACUUGGCAGCGUUAACCUGCUACAGGAAUGAAAUCGACCACCUUCAGGGGCAGAUCCAGCAGAUGUACAAGGAAAGAGACAAAUUGAGAAUGGACUUGGAUCGAGCGGAGAAGCGAAAUGAGCAGCUGGCCAAAGAGGUCGAUGAUCGAUAUGCCACCAUUGAGUUGCUGAAUGAGACCAAACUCAAGCACUUGGACCAAGGGUACAAGGAGAGGAUGGCAGCAGCCAAGAUUCAGAUGGACAAGGCUCAGGAGCUGAUUGUACAGCAGAUGAACAUGCAGAAAGCAGAAUUGGAGCGGGAGCUGGACUCCCUCCGAUCGGAUGAGAUCUCUUCCCGGGAGAAGCUGAGCCUGGCAAUGAAGGAGAGCAAGCGGCUGCAGAAGGAACUGACGGAAACGGUGGAGAAGUUGGCUGAGUCUGAGAAGUUAGUCAGCAGGUUGCAGAAGGACCUUGACUACAUGUUGAGAGACAAACUUGGAGCCCUGGAUCAUCCGAACUUGGAGCUCCUGGGACAAGAGGAGCGUUUUGCGGAGAUUAUCGUGGCGUACGAGCAACAGUGCAGGGAGUUACGUGACCACAACGACGAGCUGAGGUCUGAAAUGGAGGCGCUCUGCUCCCAGCUGCACGUCGGGAAGCACCGCUAUUCGGGCAGUGAUAAUAAGAAUUCCAUUUCGACGCCAGCUGCCGACUGGGUCACCGGCUGUGUUGCUGAUCCUGAUAAGGCUUUGCCGGGAGACCAGCGUGCCAAUCUGAGCAUCGAAGCAGAGAUUGCUAUCGAACACCAGAGGAGGCAGCACCUGCAGGAAGUGCAAGACCUCAAGAUACAAUGGGGAGCAAAGGUAAAUUAUUAUGAGCGAGAAAUUGAACUGAUGAAGAGGAACUUCACGGAGGAGAGGAGACACCUAGAAGAAAGCUUUAAGGCUGAGAUCAGUGAACUGGAGGAGGAGCGAGUGACAAGAAGCCAGGAGAUGGAGCGACUCCAGGGUUUAGUAGAAGAGCUCCAUGAUCAACAGGAAGGAGCAGAGGCCAGGCACGCCCGGGCAGUCGCCGAGCUGCAGAGGGGACAGAAAGCUGCUGAAGGGACCCUUCAAGCAGAGCUGAGGGAGAGGCAGGAUGAGAUCACCAAGCUCAGAGCAGAAGAGCUCAGGAAGGAUGGAGAGACGUCUGGGGCGUUGGAGGCACAGGUGGGAGCCAGGCUGGCGCUGCAGAGACGGGAACUGGAAGAGUCGUUUGAGCGGGAGAGGGCCGAUCAGCAGCGGGCCUUUGCCAGCGAGAGGCUGGAGAUGGAGCAGCGGCUGCUGGAGGAGAAGCUGGGGCUGGAGCUCCGGCACCAGGGGGAGCUGCAGCAACUGAGGAAGGCAACACAGGAUGAAUUUAACGAGAGGUUAUCACUUUUGGAGGUCGAGCAUAUUGCUUUGACAGAAAAGAAUCAGUCUGAGCUGAUCCAGAGGCACAAGCUGGAGAUGAGGGAGCUGGCAAAGCAGCUGGGCGUGGAGCGAAGUCAGUGGGCUACCCAAGUUCAGGCCGUACGCCACGAGGCCGACGAGGAGAAGCUGAAACUGCAGGAGGAACGCGGUGCGAUUCACAGCACGUCUGCAACAGAAAGGGAAGGAAUGGAGAGCAAGCACACGGAAGAGAUUGAAAGCUUAAAGGCACAAGUGAAAGGAACACAGCCCGUGAAUGGUUCUGGAGAUCAAACCCAUUGGGACAACCCAAGCUGUUGCCAAGGCAUCCGUGCCCUUCCCUCGAGCAACGAGGAGCCUCUUUCUGCAGAGAGGAUGAGGAAAGAAGAGGAGAUGCUUGGCUGGCAGCAGGAAAGAGAUGAGCUGGAAUUAAAGCUGAAACAGGUGACAGAAGAAUCUGAGCGAAAAGAGGAGUUACUUGAAAAUGAGAUAAGGAACCUGCAAAGCUUGGUGACUAAGCUGGAGGCAGGGAAAAAGGCCGAGCAGAAGUACAGAUGUGAGUCUGAAAUGCUUGCUGAAGAAAACUCUUCCUUGAAAAGGAAAGUAGCAGCGUUUCAUCAGGAUUUUCGGGAUCUGGAAGGAAAAGUUAAUGAACACAGAAAACAAGUGGCUUGGUUGAAAGACGAAAGGGAAUGCAGACAGAGGGAAGUCGAGGAACUGCAAAAGCAGAUUAAACAACAAGUAACGGAGAUUGCCGAACUCAGCAACACAAAUUUGCAUCUGAGCAAUCAGAACUCCCAGUUGAGUGUCAGGGUAGAUGCUGGCCAGAGCACCAUCCAGCUGCUCAAUGCAAGGAUAGCUGAACUCGGGGAGCAAAAGGACGAGGUGGCCAAGAUUUCCAGACGACUGCAGGAGGCCUGCAACACCGUGGAAAAGGAGUAUGUCCAGCAGCGGUCUGUUUGGGAAACCGAGAGAGGCCUCAUGCAAAAGCAACUACAGAUGUCUCAGGAGAAGAUAAAGAACCUGGAAUCGAGUUUGGAUCGAGCACGUUCUGAGGUUGACCAUCUGAACCUUGAGUUAGAAGAAAAGCAGCGGGAUAACUUGUCACUGGGCCAGGAGGUGGCAUCUGUUACAGAAUCAUUGCAGCAAGCAAAGGACAAGUUAUUGGAAGCCAACACCAAACUAAUGCAAGCCCAGUCACAACACUUGCUGGAAGUACGAGACUUAAAGGAACAAGUCAACAGUCUUGUGCCCCAAAACCAGCUGGUGCAACUGCAAGUGAAGGUAGCAGAAGGCAAGCAGAGAGAGCAGCAUCUUCAGCAACAACUCGACACCCAGCAUCAGGAAGCCCACAAUUUGAUGUGUGAACAGCAGGAGGAAUAUGAGAGACUGCUGAAGCGAAUGGAAGGAAGGAUGGAAGAGGUGGAAAAGAAACUAAAAAAUGUACGCAUGACACUUCAAGAGAAAAUGAAACAGCUUAAGGAACAGUUUGCCAAGAACACCAAGUCUGACCUGUUGCUGAAGGACCUGUAUGUGGAGAACGCACAGUUAAUGAAAGCAUUGCAGAUUACAGAGCAGCGACAGAAAAGUGCCGAAAGGAAGAAUCAGCUGCUGGGUGAAAAAAUUGGAGCUUUGAACAGUCUGCUGAGGAAAAUUGUACCAGCCUCCCUCUCCUAACUCUGAAUGUUGCAGCUCCAAAGGCAUUUUUCAAAAAACUGAUGCCUUCAGCACUUUACAGAGAUUCAACCUGAUGUGGUUACGCAUGGUGCAUUAGAAUCAAAGUAAAUCAACUGGAAAACUGUUGGUACAUUCUCAGAGAACUUGCAAUGCUCAUGGGUGCAAGUUUAUUAAGAACUGUUUCCUCUUCCCUGUCCACCUUGCAGAUACUCGUCAGAGAGAAACCAAAUUGGCGGUAAUGCACCAUUAAGCUGGGUGCCAACCGCCGUAAAACAAGACACAGACAGACAGAAGAGAAACCAAGAAAAAGAUUAAUACAGGGAAUAGAAGGAAGAAAAACCUUUCCUUCCACCAACAGACUUAUUAAGAGAACAUCCCUACUGGCAGUGACAGAUCAACAUGACUGCUAAAGAAUUAGUGGCUGCAGUCAUGACCCAACCACUUCCCCGCUACCAAAUAUCCAUCUGCCUGGCAAGACUUGUCCUUGCCCUCAAUAGCUCUUUUGAUUCCUCCCACUUCUACAGCUGAACAGUCUGGCUAUGGGUAUUUGCAUGGGCCCAACUACAAUAGUCUUUUCAGUGGCUUCUUUUGACAGUUCUUGUUCCAUAAAAUUGUGGCACCUCUCUCCAGCUUUCUUGAUUACAUUGACAACAUCAGUGUUACCUCUUGUGUGGAACUUGUCACUUUCAUCACCUUUGUCACCAGUUUCCACCUGCCCUCAAAGUCUCUAGGAAUAUCUCUAAUGCAUCUCUUCCAUUUCUUGGAUUGCACCCAGCCACAUCUCCCUCUCAGGGAUGACUCAGCAGCUCUCAACCCACCAGCUUCCACAGCUACUGUAACUCUACCUCCCAUCUCCUGGUCCUCAGUUCUUCCAGCAUUCUGUAUUCCUGUUCAAACUGAAAACUUGCAAUGAAUGGCCUAUUGUUUUAAAGAGGUAGAAAAUGCCAGGAUGGUGGGAGAGAAAUUGCCAGCCUUAUUUCAGCUGAAGUGACACGAUUCAGAGUUUUCCUGUAACAUUUGAAAGUCUUUUAUGUUGAGCAGUACCUCCUCAAGACUAGGUGCAAGCUUGACUCUGCUGCUAUUUUAAUAUUGAAAUUAAUGUGGCAGAAGUUAAUUGCUUCUAUUCAUGUAUAGUUAUGCAAAACAUAUGUUUAAGUU